CAACAACCGGUUCAGGACUGGAGUACCUUGUCCAUUUUGCCACAAUUUUACCCUUUAUUAUCACUCACUAAAUUAACAGUGUCAACAGUACCUAGCGUUACAAAUGCGGACUACAGUUUCUUCUUCGUUGGUGUGACCAUGGACCAUGGAUGUGCCAUGGACGGACGGUGUGCUGUGGAGACUUGUGCAGAGUUUGGCUUUGCAGGAACCUCGUGCACACCCAGGAUCAGGUGUGGUUUUGGGACAGAUGUUUUCCUCUGCACUGGAAGCGACGAGGCUUAUGUUUUCAGCCCUCAGGAGAGGAAACUCAAGACUGUCCUCCAGUGCCCUGGUCCUGUGAGUGACCUGGUUGUGAGUCAUGAUAAGCAGCGCCUCUAUGUAGCCUGUAGGAGCGGAGUCUAUUGUGUCGGUUCACAACUUCUGCUAUCCAGGGUUAAAGGCUCCCCAGCUGAUGCUUCCUCUGGUCCAUCUGAACUGAAAAUCUCCUCUGAGUCUCUGGUCGUUGCCGAAGAAGGAGUGUUAUCGCUGCUCCUCGUCGGCUCCGUGCUUGUGACUCUUUCCCAAAGAGACGCAUCCUGGAUGUUGACUCUGUACAAAUCCUCAAACUACGAGAAGCUCUGCUCUUUCAGUCAGGUCUCAGGAGAUGUAAACACUGAGGAAAAAACAGAAAUAAGAAGAAGUCCGGUGCUGAUUUGUGUUCAUUCAAGGGAUGCAACACCAUCGCCCUCCUCCUCUAAUUCCUCAUCAGAUGAAGCUCCAACUCAGGGCCAUUUUCACCUCGAUUCAGUCCUCUUCAAACUUCUUUUUGGGGUCGAUGUCGCCCUCGCCAAAUCCCCCGUUAUCCUGUGUGGCCUUCCAGACGGGUGCGUGUGUUUCGUCCCUCUGCGUCUCCCAGGAUCGAGGCUCCGAGUCCUGCACAGCCUGGAGCAGCCCGUCGUAUUUGUCGGAUCAUCGGGUCCAGGACGGUGUUUGGUGGCAGUGGGUGAACUGGGGAGGGUGGUGCUGAUGAAAGCCGACAAAGGAGGGUCAGCAGAGGGGAGAGGGAACGUUUUUAUUGAGGGGUGUGUACCGGGGCCUGUGGUGUGUGGCUGUGUGGAUAAAAACACUGUUUACUAUAGCACGGGGUCAGACCUGCUGCUGCUGGAUCUAUCAGAGGGGAAAUCUGGAGAGGAAGGCCAAGGAAAGGAUGAGGAAACACGCAGAAAGAUGGACGCUGCCCUCCAAAGCCCCACCAGUUUGAAUGUGUGUCGAGUCGUCGCUUUGGCCCCGCCGACAUGCAACACUGCAGCUGCAGGUGUAGUGGAGCUGCUGGGUCUGUCUGUCAGAGGGCAGCUGCAGAGGAUCCGUCUCCCUGUGAGGACAGAGGACAGCAGAUUGUCCUCGGGGUCAGACUCUCAGGUCGGCCGCAGCGUCAGGGACCUGCUGUCCUCCAUCGGGGACGUCUGUGAAAGAGCAUCUGUGCUGAAAACAUCCAUCAAAUCCAAAAACCAGAUUCUCCAGCACCUGAAUCAAGUGCUCAACAUCAGCUUCCUGUUGAUGGCAGGUGCAAACGGUGCAGAGCAUCCUCCCCUCCAGGAGAGUCCAAUCAGAUGUCGAGCUUCGACCAGUUGGAGCAGAUUGCUUCAGGAAGACUCCCUGACCCUCACAUGUGUCCUGGAUAACUCCAGUGCUUAUGUUUUGGAGCGAGGCUGGACGUUAAGCAUCACUGUGUUUCCUCUGUGUCCUUCUCCCAGUGCAGGAGGAGAAAACCUCUCCACAAACUUUUCAUUCCCGUUCCAAAGCCUCCAUCCAGGCGAGACGUUAGACGUGUCUUUGCCUCUAGCAGCUGCAGGCGAAUCAUCCUUCCCCGUGACAGUGAGCUGCUCCCUCCUCUUCUCCCUCACCAGCCUCCUGGGGGAGGAAGCUGCAAACCUUCCCGCUCUGCAGAGCAGCUGCAUCAGUUUGCCCCUGAACACCCUGACAGUGGAUUGGCUGCACGCCCUGCAGGUGAGCAGCUCUAAAGCCGCCCAGGAAAAGAUCACGCCUCAUGCGACAGAUGCCAUUGAAGCUUUUCUAAGGUCACAUCGAAUAAGGUGCGGUGGAAACGCAGAGGGAGGAGGAGAAAGUGGUUUAAAGUAUUCAGCAAGUGUACGGGUGUCUGCAGAGUUACUAAGGGACACACUUAUGGUGGCAAAAAGCUCAGAUUUAGACCCUGCAAAGACGGCUCCUGAGAAUGUGUGCCUUUCCCUGCUGGAGUGGCUGCUGUCUGAAGGUCCUGGAGGAGUGACGACGGGACAAAAAGAAGACCAAAUCGCAUUGAGGGGAUCAGUGGUGCAUGCACAAAGUCUAAACAGACAUGCUGUCAAACUGACUGCCAAAGAGGUGAAUGUAGGGGUGGAGGAGUCCCUGAACACAGUGGAGGUUCAGGUUCACAGCUCGUCUCUAGCAGCGGUGUGUGGACUGCACCACGCUGUGCUGCGGCGAGUACAGACUCUGCUGCAGAGAGCUCCAGAGAGAGCCGCGUCCACAAAGAGGGUCCAGAGUUUGGGGUUAAGAGAGGCGCUGCAGCGGGCCGAGCACCUGUUGCAGCAGAUCCAGCAAAGUCGAGUGUCAGGGGUCUUCAGUGGGGGGGCGUCCACGGAGCAGAUGAGCCGAACGCUUCUUGACGUUUACCGAGAACUCAGAGAAAACCCUCUCCUCAUAAUCUAACACUUCCUGCCCUCGGCUCUGUCCGGUGCUCUGUAACCCGUCUUUGCAGCAGAUGCAUGAAGAACAUUAUCAUAAAUGUCAUUGCUAUUGUAAAUGCGCUUUGACAUCAAUAUCAAUUCUGUUUCCGUUUAAUAUUCUACACAAAGAAAGAUUUACGACUCAUUAUUUCCAACCGGUGUUUUACUAUAGAUUCCCUACAGCUUUAAAAAAAUAAAAGAUAAACCUCGUGUUUUUUAUAUAUCAUU